AUGAGAAAACUGAGGCACGGGGAACCCGUGAUCCCUAGGAAAGCGCCAGCCCUCCGGAAACGAAAGGGAUGUGACAUGUGUGCUGAUAACCGCAACGGCGAGUGCCCCAUGCACGGGCCCCUCCACUCCCUGCGCCGUCUGGUGGGUACCAGCAGUGCUGCCGCAGCAGCCCCUCCACCUGAGAUCCCAGAGUGGCUCCGGGACCUGCCCCGGGAAGUGUGUCUGUGCACCAGCACAGUGCCUGGCCUGGCCUACGGUAUUUGUGCCGCGCAGCGGAUCCAGCAGGGCACCUGGAUUGGGCCCUUCCAGGGAGUCCUGCUCUUGCCGGAGAAGGUUCAAGCAGGAGCCAUCAGGAACACUCAGCAUCUCUGGGAAAUAUAUGACCAAGAUGGGACAUUGCAGCACUUUAUUGAUGGUGGAGAACCCAGUAAGUCAAGCUGGAUGAGGUAUAUCCGAUGUGCAAGGCACUGCGGGGAACAGAACCUAACAGUGGUUCAGUACAGGUCAAAUAUAUUCUACAGGGCUUGUAUAGAUAUCCCCAGGGGCACCGAGCUGUUGGUGUGGUACAAUGACAGCUACACAUCUUUCUUUGGAAUCCCUCUCCAGUGCAUUGCACAAGAUGAAAAUUUGAAUGUCCCUUCGACUGUAAUGGAGGCCAUGUCCAGACAAGACACCCUACAGCCAUUUAAUAAAAGUAGCAAACUAUCCCCUGCCACUCCUCAGCGAUCCAUAGUAUUUCCACAGACUCCGUGUAGCAGAAAUUUUUCUCUCCUGGAUAAGUCUGGGUCCAUCGAGUCAGGAUUUAACCAGAUCAGUGUCAAAAACCAACGAGUUCUUGCAAGCCCAACUUCAACAAGCCAACUAAAUUCUGAGUUCAGUGACUGGCAUCUUUGGAAAUGUGGGCAAUGCUUUAAGACUUUCACCCAGCGGAUCCUCUUACAGAUGCAUGUGUGUACGCAGAAUCCUGACAGGCCCUACCAGUGUGGUCACUGCUCCCAGUCUUUCUCCCAACCUUCAGAGCUGAGGAACCACGUAGUUACGCACUCCAGCGACAGGCCUUUCAAGUGUGGCUACUGUGGUCGUGCCUUUGCUGGUGCCACAACACUCAACAAUCACAUCCGGACACACACCGGGGAAAAGCCCUUCAAGUGCGAGAGGUGUGAGAGGAGCUUCACACAAGCCACCCAGCUGAGUCGACACCAGAGGAUGCCCAAUGAGUGCAAGCCAAUAACAGAGAGCACAGAAUCAAUUGAAGUGGAUUAA